AUGCUUUCGAGACUCGUGAGAGAGCAUAAUCAAAAACAACAAGUUGUAAGACGCAAUAAUGAACAGCUUCGGAAAGAAGUCAUACAAUCAGUUGGUGAGGUGACCGACUGUUUGGCAGAUAACUUGAACGAAAGGCACGGCGAAGAUGUGAGGGUUAGCAGGGAAGUUACCUCGGAACGAUUAAAUUCUAAAAAGCUAACCGCCGAAAAGAUAUCGAAGAAGCAACAGAAAACCAGAACCAUAUCAAAUGCUACCACUGGAGAUUCCAAAACCGUCAACCUCGUCACGGGAACUCCUUCGGAAUUAAAACCAGAGGAAAUCGUUAGCGAAAUAACGGUCCCCAGCGAACCUCCCGUCGAAAAAAUCUUAAAUGAUGAAUCAUCAACCAAAGAAGAUGCAAACAUCACCCAUGAGGUCAAGCCACAAGAAAAGGAGGAAAAACAUGAUCGUAAUUUGGAAAUCGUUUGUCCUAUCGAAAUGAGGACGGUGCACGAAGUCACAAAAGAAUCUGACAUGAUACCCAUUGAGUUCCACUGGAAGUAUGGUGGCAACAAAGUAUUUGUCACCGGUGAUUUCGAUGGUUGGAAAGCCCAGAAGCACGAGAUGCAUUUGAAUCCCGAGACAAAUGAGUUCGUCGCCAUCGUUGAAAUCGAUCGUACCAAGCAACAUGAAUUCAAAUUUGUUGUUGACGGUGACUGGAAGUGCAACUGGGAUUUCCCCACACGAUACGAUGAACGUGAGUGA